AUGUCUGAUAUUACUUUUUGCACCCGAGAAACUAUGGAAAGCAUCCCAUUCCCAUGUGAUAAUUGGUCUCUUCACCAAUAUGUGUCCUCGGUGGUUGAUAACUAUAAAUUCGCUGAGAAAAAGGAAGCUCAUCGUACUUUCUAUAGUGUUCUACAUAAUAUCAAUAAUAAUCUUUGCAUGUCCCAAGAAGUUCGUGAUAUUGCUCAAAAUCUUAUAAAGAGCAGUAAGCCAGAUGCUUGUACCUAUUACCACGCCCUAGUAGGAGUCCUGCAAGUAUUGAAAUGGGCUGAUGUUGAGAGUGUUAAUAGCUUGUGGAGAAAGAACAUCAAAGAAAGAAAGAGGCAAAGAGAAUCAGCUUCCACAAACUCCUCUUCGAAGAAGCAAUGUGUAGUCCCAGAAAUAAGUUGCUUCUGUCCGAGUGUGGAUGUACCUUUGCAAGCAAAUGGAUCGGUAGAUAUUCUAGAGACCGUGAAGUCUACUAUAUGUGUAUUUGACCGGAAAAUAAUAUCCCUUGGUUCUUCCCGUUCCUACAAAAGUUCCAAUCAUUUGUUAGUGGAUUCUGAACAAAAUGUGAAAGUUCCUCGGGAGAGCACAUAUGAUGCUGAGAUGUAUAGGAUCCUAGUAAAUUGGCUUGCAAUAGUGAAUGGCUUCGAAAUAACUGGUCAGUGGCAUCUCGAAAAAGUGUGCGAUGAUGGUGACUACCAUCAUUUUUACUGCGACCUGACAAUUAAGAAACCAGAUAAUCCCCAUCCUGAAGCUGUCCUUGAACUUGUAGCAACAGGAACUAUACCUAAACUUAUAAAACAUUUUGAUCGGGUAAUUAAGUAUGCCGACCAGCUUUGUCCCAAGGAAGUUUGGAUCGUGCACUUUUCUAGUGAGGAUUCCGUUGCAUCUGACCCGUACUGGCCAAGUAAGAAGCUUCAGGAUAGAGGAUUAAACGUCGUUCACUUCUGGCAUGACCAAGGUUUUAGUAAUAUUCGUAUGAGUGCCAGGUUUCGGAAUUUCACUGGCGAGUUUUGUGAAAUAAUAAACGAGCAAAUUCUACCUUGA